GUUUACUAAAUGUAAAACCUCUUAUGUUCUUCAUUUGCUUUUCCCAAUUUUUUGAACAAGACAAGAGUCUGGAAGGGACCUUAGGGCACUCAUAAUCUGUAAUUGUUUUGCUUUGACAAGCAGGAAAAGAAUAUGGGAUUCUGUCUGGCUGAGAAAAGCAAAGAUUGUAAGGCCACCAGGCUCUCUAGAGUGUAGGAAAUAAUGCAUCCUUCCCUCUGGAACUUCCUGGAUGCUGGGCGUUGCCCCGCCCAAGGCAACCUGGCGCGCUCCACUCAGCAGCCGAGUUCUGCACAGACUCAGUAUCGCCUUCCGGUGGCCCAGGCCGUCCUCAGUGCCCGCCCACUCACCCGCCAUGUCGAGUCCCAGUGGCCGCAAGUUCAAGACUGGGGACUUGGUGUUUGCUAAGGUGAAGGGCUAUGCCCCCUGGCCUGCUAGAGUCGAGCAGAUAGCCCAACCCAACCGGUACCAGGUGUUCUUCUUCGGGACCUAUGAGACGGCCGUCCUGAGCCCCAAGCGCCUCUACCCCUACGAGGAGUGCAAGGAGAGGUUCGCCAAGGCCAGCAAGCGCAAGGGCUUCAGCGCAGGGCUGUGGGAGAUUGAGAACGAUCCCACGGUGAAGGCCAAGCUUCUGUUUCCUGAGGCAGCGGUAGCUGCGGCGGAGAAGGUGGCAGGCUGCGCCAACGGCUGUGACUCCGACCCCGAGCGUAACCCAGAUCCUGAUCUUGAGCCUGAGCUGGAGCCUGAGCCCACUGAGGGGCCGCAGAAGGCACUGGUGAAGGAGGGCAUGGAGGACUGGCUCGGGGACAUCUCCAAACGGUCCAAGGCCACCAUGCUGGAUGGCCCGGGGGAAGCAGAGGAAUCUGAAAAGGAAGAGGAAAAGGAUGAGGCGGCCAUGGAAGAGCCUGAAGAGCAGGCCGGGAAGCCCAAGGCCCCAGGUGGCCUGUAGUCUCUGCCUCACAGAAAGAGCCCCGCACCGUCCCUGCUACAUCUAGCUGCGAAGGGAGAAACCCUUCUUGACCUACACCGUGGGAUCUCUUCUCCUACCUCCUCUACUGUUCCCACCUUCACUCAUUCUCUCCCCAUGUCUGGCCCUGAGGCAUGGGGCAAGCCAUUUGAUGGGACAAGCUCUCUGAUGGGACAGACUGCUUAAUGGUACAGGACAGACCACCUGGAAAGGACACAUGAACUGGAAUGGAUAGACAGCUAAUGGGACAGGCCAUGUAGAAAAGACUGGUUACCUAGAAGGACAGGCCACCUGAAACAGACCAGCUGCACUGGACAGACUGCUUGGAUGGGAAAAGUCACCUAGAUCUCACCUGCCUCAUCUCUCUUCCUGUGAUCUGAGACGCGGCCAUCAUGCCUCUUGGGAUCCAAAAAUGCUUUUCAAUGGUGCUGUUAAAGCAGGACAGGCUCUUUCCACCUCCUAAUACCGCAUUUCUUCUGCUGGAGGCAUCCUGCUCUACUGCCUUGAAAUGAUCCAGAAGAGAAACGGAAGAUAAAGAGCAGAGGUGAUUUCCAGCAACCUUCGAGGGUCAGUCGUCAAACUGCAGGGCUAAGGGAGUGGGAGGGUGACAUCUAACUGCUGCAUUCCUCCUGUCCUUUCCAUCAAAACCUGCUCAAUUUUAAGAUUUAGGAAAAGUAGAAUAGCUAUUAAGAGAGGGCCUUCCCUUACUAAUCCUUAUCCCCUUCAUGGAGUUCUGGGAGUUGUCACUUUUUUCGUGAGACCAUUUGUGGCAUCAGAGUACUUUUAAGAUCUGAAGGGGUUACUUUGCCAGUGAGGGAGAUGCCUGGAUUGGGUGGGGUGAGUAAGAACAGUCUCCAUCCAGAUACCUGAGGCUGCCCGUGAGAGUCCCUUGGAAAACCUUUGUCUGCACAUUUCUAUCUCUGCAGGCUCAAGGCCACCAUAGUUAUGUACCGCGCAUAUGUAAAAGGGAAGGCACAGAUGUUAGACAACCUUUUAAAUAGAAGAUUUUAGAAAAUUAAGGAUUAACUUUGGGUAUGCUGCUAUUCUGCUACCGUCUGUCUUGUUGAUGUACCUGCGGAGGUUGCCUUACUGGGGGUUCAGUGAGCUUGUUCUAGAAGCCAGAAUUUGGGUAUUCUGUGAACUAUUAAUUUCUGUCCAAAUGCUCCACCUGGUCUCUUCUGUAUGGCCACCAGAUCCCAUAAGUAAUCUGAGACUGAAAAUAACUGUCCCCUCCCAAACUCUUUCUCCUGGGCUCUCUGUUCCUCUCUUCAACUCUUCUGGUUUUCACCCUUGCCCUCCUCCCUUGGGCUCUUAUAAAAAUGGUUGAUUGAAACUAUUUCACUUCUACUAAAUAAACAUCGU